AUGUUAGAGGAGCUGCCAGUAAGCUCUGACACUGUAAUUUAUUACUCUGAGACUACUUUAGAUUGCCCCACUGUACAGCCAGAGGAGUUGCUUCUAAUCAAUAAAGAGGGCACACCUGAGCAGGAACAAACUGAGAUAAAGAAUAAUCAGCCAGGAACACAUGUGAGUCUGAGCAGUGACCAUGAAGAGCAGCCACCUGGUGAGGCUGAUAAAGUUCGAAAGAAAUGCCAAGACCGUGCAGUACCUGUACUCCAAGAGAAGACAAAUAUUAAAACAAAGGUAGAAAUGAUACUCUAUGACAGGGUUUCUUUACUUAGAUUGAAAUCUAUCACACAGGAGCCAAAGGACUUGUCUGAAAUAGCUAAAAUCUACCAAGGUAUGCUCAUUAAACCUCACCUUCGACCAGUGAAUCCAUCACGAUUUACCAGCAGGAAAUAUACACCUCUAACUGCAAAUUUCUUCCACCCUGCUAAGGAUAAUUACAGACUGCCACUUGGGAUGGGCCAAAUGAGGUCUCAGCAAGCUCCUGGUAAGGAACCUCGCAAAAUCCUUCAAGUAACUGAUAAUGUAAAACAGAGUACAUCUGAAAAGGCUUGUAAAUCUCCCAUGAAAAGAGCAAAUGAAGAUCCCACUAUGGCCAAGGCUCAAGAAUUGAUUCGCAGUAAAGUUUGCAGUAUUCUCAAUAAAAUCACACCUCAGACAUUCCAGCAUUUAAUCAAGCAAGUUAAAGACCUCUCUAUACACACAGAGUAUCAACUGAAAGCUGUUGUAGAAGUCAUCUUUGAAAAAGCAAUAGCAGAGUCAUAUUUCGCAGUUGUAAACGCCAGCAUGUGCAACUGGCUAAUAAUGAUUGAGGUCCCAACAGAAGACAACCCUGAAGAAAGCAUUACGUUCCGUAGGCUGCUAAUAAGGCUCUGCCAGAAGGAGUUUGAGGGAGGUGAAAAUGGGAAUGAAAGAACUGAGAAGCUGCAAAAGGAACUGGAUGCUGCCACGUCACCGAAAGAAAAAACCCGACUAAAAGAGGAAUUGAGUGAUGCUUUUAAUAAGGCAUGCAGGCGAUACCAAGGGAAUAUAACAUUUAUUGGGGAGCUAUUUAAAUUAAAACUGCUCUCUGAAGAGACCAUGAAAGAUUGUCUAAUGAAACUACUGAACAGGAACAGCGAGGAGUCCAUGGAAUGCAUCUGCAUUUUGCUCACUACAAUUGGAAAAUCCUUGGAAAAUGCACAGUGCCGCUUGGACAACUAUAUCAGCAAGAUUGACAUCUUUAUUAAAAAACAGAAAACAUCUUCACGGAUUCGAGUUUUGGUGCAGGAUGUGAUGGAAUUUAGAAGAAAUAAUUGGGUACCUUGA